CGCACAAAACGCAAAGGUUCUGCCUCUGUUGGCUCUAGUUGUAAACAAAAACCUCAAAUUGAAUUUUGGCAUUUGUCUGCCAGGGCCUGCUGACAUUCAUUGACCCGAAACUCUGACGAAAAUCAGGCCAACCGACUAGUUAUUCUAUACUUUUAGCCACAAAUUAUGCCUAAUGUAUAUUUCAAUAUUUGCUACAAUGAUUACAUAGCUUAGAAUCGGUGAGUAACUAGCAUACUAGCAAUUUAUUGGCAUUGUUUAUCAUACUUCAUCAAGUAUGAACAAUCAAAAAAUUCUAUUAUGUCUAAGACAUCUAUCUGAAAAUAGUUAUAUUACAUAUUGAUAACUUCUUUAUUGUAAUGCUGUCCAAUUUCCAUUGUAAUCAUUGAUUUUAUCUAACAGAUCAAUAUCUGUGGAUGAACAUUUGUAUCCUGUAAUCCUGGACUGACCAAACAUCUCUCAGACAAAAAUGGAUCCACACAACAUUGUAUGUCCUGUAUGCACUUUAUUCCUUAGACCAGGAAUUACAUUGAAACAGCAUUUAACCUCCCAUCCAAAGCAAAAAGUUAUUGAAGCACUUGUAAAGUUAGCUGAAGGUGAAGAUAAUAAAGAACCAGAACCACCUGCUACAGUAGAUCCUAAUAAGUCUCAAAGCUCUGCUCAUUUGAAUACUGCUAUAGCAAAUGCAACAUGGCAUGCUCCCCCUCCUCAUGCUGCUGUACCGCCAAUGUCUCAGGUACAUCCUGUACAUGGGAACCACCUUUUUAUUUACCAACAAAGUAUGAGUACUACUUCACCACAAGCAAAUAUGAUGAAUGUGAAUCCUAUAUCUCAGCAGUAUGUAUAUCCUACUGUUUUCAACCCUCAGAUAAUGCCUUAUGUGUAUCAACAGCAGCAAGUUAUAUUGUCAAGUAAUUCUUUACCUCCACCAAUGAGAGCAUUACCCUUUGAACUGGCUAAUUCGAUUCCAAAUAAUUCAAAUGAAGCAAAAAAAUGCAGUGGGAGUGAUGAAGGCAGAAUUAUUGAGGUACAAGAUGAUAGUGGAGUGGAUACAACAAUAGAAACAGAAUCAUCAAAAGAGGAGGGAGAUGAGUGUGAAGCAGCCACUAAAAAAGAUUCAGUUCAUGAGGAAGAUGAGGAGGAAGAUGAUGAUGAGGAAGAAACACUUCAUUCAGAAUAUAAUGAAAGCAUUGUGAUAAAAGAUAAUCAUGUAGAUCAGUUUUACAAGCCUAUUGAUGAUGUUGAUGCUCAUGGAGAAUGUAUACGAUCUCCAAAAUCAGCUUCAAAUUCAGAAUGGGGUUUAAAUACAGAACUAAAUAAAGCUUGCCAAACCCAAAACAUCUGCAAUUCACCAUCUAGAAGCCAAAUUCCAGAGGAACAAGCACAAACUGAACAAGAAAAAGAUCGUCCAGACUAUUUUUAUGUGGACCACCAGCAAAACCAUCAGUACCCAGCUAGAUCAAGCUGUUAUCCAGACUCUGUUACAAGUGUUCCUUUUACCACAAUCAAAUUAAAUAACACAUAUGAACAGUCAGAACCAAUAUACACUUCUGCAAACAUUUUACAUGGAAAUGAUCAUCUUGAUUUUGUAACCAUGGAUGACAUUGUCAUUAUCAAUGACUUUCCUUCGAAUCAACAAGUAGUAUCACAGGUUGAAAAUUAUGAAAUGUCAUCACCCGACAGAUCUGGCAUACUGAUGACUAUUGGAGAGGUUGUGGAACCUCCAAAAAUGGACUUUAAUGACCAACAUGAUUUGGAAGAAAGUAUGUCCAGGGGUAGUUCACAUGUCAAUAUACGUUCUGAUGAAAGGAUGCCAGCUACAGGUGAGCUUUCGGGUCAAGAAAGCAUAGGUGGUGCUAGUGAUAUCACUUGGAAUAGAUUGCAGUACCAUCAGGAGGGACAUUCCAGAAUGUUCCAAUCUUAUGACUUGAUUGGUAAACAUUCUUGGGAGAUGUCGGAUAGUGAAAGUGUUGACAACCCAGAAAUGCAAAAGAAAAUACCUGUUGGUCUUAAUGAAGAAGGUAAUGAUGAUGAUGCUCCUACAAUUGUAGGCUUUACUGGACCUCCCCUAAAUUUCAAAUGUCCAACAUGCGGGGAAGGAUUUGCAAAUUCAAAAGAAAGGCGGGAGCAUGAGAUUGAAAAGCAUCCAGAGAAAAAGAAGUGUAAUGUUAUAGGAUGUGACAUUGAUAAGAAGAAAGUUAAAAAACUUGUUGUCAAAUGCAAAUCAGAUAAAGAGAAAGAAAAAGAACAGAAUUUUGAUAACAUUUUCACAAAUAAACUAAAACUGGAAAGUGGUGAUGGCUCAGCUCAAGAGACCACAGUAAUAAAAGUUGAUGAUACUGCUGUUUCAAUUGAUCCACAGAGCUUGAAAACAGUUUGUCCAAUAUGUGACUGUGUAUUAGAAAAUGCUAAAGCUUUGAGAAAACAUAAAAGUGAUUCACAUCAAGAAGUUACUUCUAGUAAACACAAGUGUAUAACAUGUGGAGAAAGUUUCAAAAAUGAGUACAAAUACAACAAUCAUCUCAGGAUCCAUCCUCUGGAAUGCAGACUAUGUGGUAAACUAUUCUAUAGAAAACAAAAUAUUCAGCUGCAUAUGAGAAGGCAUUUAGGAUUGAAACCAUAUAAAUGUGAGGUUUGCCAAAAGUGUUUUGUAACUCGCCAGAAGCAUGAUGAACAUAAGAAUGUACAUACUGGUGACACUCCACUCAAGUGCAAUAUGUGUGAUGAAAAGUUCAGGAGGCACUCAAAUUUAGUGCAACAUAGAAACCGACACCAUCUACAUAUGAAGAAGAAGGUCCGUGAUUACAUUUGUCAAUGUGGCGAAAUCUUUCAUUCCAAGAAAAAGCUUGCAUGGCAUAAAGAGAUCCAUGAGGCAAAGCCCAAAGCUUGCACCCAGUGCAGUGAAAAAUUCCUACAUAUGUCAAGCUUGACACGGCAUAUGCGGCGGGCGCACAACGGAAAGUUCUUGCCAGAAGAAGCACGUCAAAACGAGAAUGUUGAAUGCCCCAUUUGCAAGGGCACCUUCCUCAGAUCAUCCUUGGAUGUCCACAUAAAGAACCAUAGUGGGCAGAGACCAUUCACUUGCUUGAUUUGCAAUAAGGAUUUCACAACAAAGUGGAACUUGAAGUUACACAAGUGGACGCACGCGAGCCGCACCUCGAAGCCCUACAAAUGCGACCAAUGUAAGGGUGCGUUCAUACGCGAAUCUGACUACAUUGCGCAUAUGAACUCACACAAGAGCGUCAGGCCCUAUACAUGCAACUACUGCGGCGCUCAGUUUAUCAGGAAAUACAACUGCUUACGGCACGUUAAGGAGCAUGAGAACAAGAAGAAUUUCAACUGCCAAGUGUGUGGCAAAUCUUUCCAUCGAUCGUACUAUUUGAAGGACCACAUGAGGGUACAUAGCGGAAUCCGGCCGUACGCGUGUCACAUUUGUGGUAAGACUUCCACCACCAAGUCUAAUCAUAACAAGCAUGUUCAGAUCCAUCAUGCUAGAGAGCCGGUCAGCACGGAAAAUUGAAGAUUUACAUUAUUAGUUUAUUAUAUUUUUAUAUCGACAAUAUUUAGCUGCAAGGGUUUUGAAAUCUUUAUUAUAUAAUUAACUUAUUAAAUUGAACAAUUCUAUUAUGCCCCGAUUCCAUAACAUUUUAUUCACCUCUAUGAAUCAGUUUAUAUGAGUGGUUGGCAAUUGACUUUUUAUCGGCAACCAACCACAAAUACGUUUAAUAUUAGUUCAAACGUAGGUUUUUCUGGCAUCUCAACCAAAAAAUAUAGUUUGGAUAUGCUGAAAUUAAAGUUGGUCAACAGGAAUUGAAUAUAUUUAUAUAGUCAACUCUAGUCCUAGCACAGCUUAGAUAACAAUCAGUUAUGAAAAUCUUUUGUUAGUGUCAAAAACGGUCGCGGAAAAAAACGAAUGAGCAUUCUCGUAGUACAACGAUGAGAGAGAUAGUGUUCCAUUUUCAAUAGUCCAAGCACAUGUACCAUGAAGCGUACCAUGCCAGUAGCCGCAGGUAUUCUUUGCAAUUGUAAACAUUUUAAUAUUCCAACACGAUCUAGUGUAGUUUGUACGAAAUAAUAAAAAAAAGUAUGUUUGUCCAAAAAGAAGCCGUGGAGUACUGAUAACUAUUUAUUUAUUGAAACAGCUCGACAUAAAUCUUGGCAGUGGUGGAUCGCUAUCAAUAUUUACAAUAAAUGGAAAAUAUUUUUUUUUGCUAUGUAUUUUCUGCUGGGAUAUUCUCAAUCCAAUCCAAUGUAUAUGUCAAGGCCAUAUCGUAAAAUUGACCAUUUCAUGAAAUGAUCGAGCAUUUAAUGAAAUUGUGAUAUCUGUUAUGUUCAAACAUUUUAUCAGUGACAGUUGUGCAAUUUAAGAAUGUUCACUAUAAUUACAUAUUUUAAUUUCUUAAAGUUAAUGAACGUGUUCGCAAGAUAUUCUGGAUCUUUGUUGGCUAUUCCAUGGAAACCCUAUUGUACAAUAUAAUCAGUCGUAGAUAACCAAAUCGUUAAACGUUGAUGAUUUAACGAUAUGGUCAAAUUUAGUUGGCCAUUUCACUGUUAAAAUGACAAGGCAAACACAACUUUCACCGAAUCACAAGAAUUUCCGCGACUUUCUCGCGAAAAAUAGAGCAAACCACCAAUAAAGUGACAAUCAACAGAAUCUAACCUGAUACAUCGGACUUCGCAACAUAUCUAAAAUACCAAAAAUUGUGGUCUAUAUAAUACGAUCCGUACUUGGAAAAUAUACAGCUCUCCACAGGAUGCUUCAUAUUUACGUGACAACACAAGUAUACAUUUUUUAAAAAUACCUCUUCAAAAGAAGAUGUUUGAUAUAAUAUAAUAGGUUAACUGCUACUUCUGGAGCUACGAGAUAGUUUGUACGAAGAAUAAGCUUUAUAUAGGUAAAUUUUCAUCAACACUGUCUCUUCUUUUUGGUCAGACUCCUCUUUAUUAUUGGUUCACAAAAGCUACACUAGAUCAUAUCGGAAUAUUAUAAUAUUUACUAUAGCAAAGAAUAUCUGCGGCCCCUAGCCUGGUACGUUGCAACAUCGGCUAGGACUGUUGAACACGCAACACGAAAAUCUCUCUCUGUAUUAGGAGAAUUUACAUGCGAUGUUCUCCGCCGUAAUGGCGGCCAUUUUUGACACUGACAGGAGAGUCUCAUAGCUAAUUAUUAUCUAAGCUGUUGUACUAGUUUAACGUCAUUAUCUAUUAUCGAACUGCUAUAUAAACUGCAUUUGAACCAUUGUCGUGGGAUAUGGGCUUUUUAAAAUCAUUUAUAUAACAUUUUUCAUCUAUUUCGAUGAGGUAUUAAUUGAGUUUUAAACGUCGUCUAUUUUGUAGCUGUAAUACCUUAUAUGUAUUUCAUACAUUUAUCAGUUUACUUUAUAUUGGAAUCAUUUUAUAGUGAUGUUUUAACGAUGCUCUCGGAGAGAGUUGAAACUGUUUCUCAAUAUUUCCGUUUUCUGAAAUAUUUUUAACUGCAUAGAGAUAUUUUAUUUAUUUAUAUUUUUUUUGUAAAAAUCGCAUAUAAUUUCAGGAUGCAGUUUAUUUUGUUCGGAAGGAAACAUUUUCUUCAUGUCAGUAAUAAUAUGCAAUUCAUUCGAUGCAAAAUAAGGCAUGGUGCAACAAAUUAUAGUUUUUUUGCACGAAAAAAAAAAUUUUUUUACCAAGUAGACACGGUUGUAUGUCAGAGGAAUAUCAGAGAUUUUAAUUCCAUUAGACAUUGUCAUUGUUAUAUUGGCGUAAAAAUAUAACAUACGUAAUAUUAAUAUCAUCGUGACUGAUUAUGUCUGUAGCUAGUGGUGUUAUCAAAACGUAAAGUACAAUGUACAUAAAUAUAAUUCGCUAGCAUCACACUUGCUAAAAUCAGUGCAAUAAUUUUUAAUAAUAUGCGCGAACUACCAUAAUAUCGAAAAGAAACUUGUCAUUUUUAACCCAGAUUGUACUAAAUAAUAAAUAAUCACUUUCAAAAAUGACACUUUUCUCCAAAGUUAUUGUCGCUUAUGAUGCGACCAUUCUUACUUGUGUUUAAGGUCACCAUAAAUGGUUCUAUCAGGUGAGAACGAUCACAUCGUAAGCACCAUGUAUUCGAAAAUCAUUGAUAAAACAGGACUACAUACAUAUAGAUCCGUACUAUUAAAAUAGGUAACCUAGUCUUAGGUUAUGUAAAUAACUAUUUUCGAAUACAUGGUCUUUGUGGUAGUGUAAUUUGUGUGUAAAUUAUACAUUUCAGUAUGAAUCUUGAAAGUUACUGGUGCGUGAGGUGAAUUAUUUAUUUUAAAAUUCAUUUUUAUUUCUUAAUGAUUAAGGCUGGUUUUAAUAGUUAUUAUUGAACCUAUUAAGUAGAAAGUAAGCACUGUGAUUUGUAAUUUUACUGCUGUUUCACUAUAACUUUUGGUUCUUGAUAUAACAACUUUUUUAUAUUCCUGCAUUUUUGUUAUGAUGUAACUAUUUUCAAGGUAAGAAUGCGGC